CAUGCGCAGCAGCGGGGCAGCUCGGUCAGCGACUCCCAUCAGUAGCAGGACUUUAUUCAGCUCAGCGCGUUUUUUCCCACAGAAACUGAUAAACAGGAGAGAAAUGGGGAACUGCCAGCCAACGAUUGUUCCAUAUGAGGACUUUGAUGUUGUGGCUGAUAUCAAGGCCAUCCGUAAGGCCUGCAAAGGCUUUGGAACUGAUGAGCAAGCCAUCAUCGACAUCCUGGCUAACCGCUCAGCAGCUCAGCGAAUGGAGAUAAAGCAGGCUUACUUUGAAAAGUAUGAUGAUGAGUUGGUGGAGGUGCUGAAGAGCGAGCUGUCUGGAAACUUUGAGAACGCCAUCCUGGCCAUGCUGGAUCCACCACAUGUGUUUGCCGUCAAGGAGCUUCGCAAAGCCAUGAAGGGAGCCGGCACUGAUGAGGACGUGCUGGUGGAGAUCCUCUGCACUGCUACUAAUGCUGAGAUUGCUACUUACAAGGAAACCUACUUACAAGUGCAUGACAGGGAUCUGGAGUCGGACAUUGCCGGAGACACCAGUGGGCAUGUGCAGAGGCUGCUGACCAUGCUGCUUCAGGGCAACCGAGACGAGAGCUAUGAGGUUGACGAUGAUCUGGCCGAACAGGACGCUACAGCGCUGAUUGAGGCCGGAGAGGCUCGCUUCGGCACAGAUGAGUCUACAUUCAGCUACAUUCUGGCCUCCAGGAACUACCUGCAGCUACAGGCCAUGUUCAAAGCCUACGAAGCCAUUUCUGGGACGGAGAUCUUGGAUGCCAUUGAGAACGAAACUUCAGGAACCCUGAAAGACUGUUACACCGCUCUGGUGAGAUGUGCUAAGCAGCCCCAGCUGUACUUCGCCCGCCGGCUCAAUGCAGCCAUGAAGGGAGCAGGAACUGAUGAGGAGACGCUCAUCCGCAUCAUCGUGUGCCGUUCUGAGAUCGACCUGGAGACCAUUAAGGACAUGUACCUUGAGAAGUACGACGUGCCUCUGAAGGAAGCCAUCAGUUCUGAAUGCGGCGGCGACUUCAAGCGCCUGCUAGUGGCCAUCUGUCACUAAGACAGGCAGACAAAGACCAGCCGAGGCCCCUGCACUGUUUUUGAUAUACAGGAUAAACUAACACUACUUACAGUGGGUUCUAUUGCACAAAUACACACAUCUGACAGCUGGAAAAGAAACUGAGAGAGGAGCUGUAGAUUCAACACUAUAUAUGAAGGGGGUAUUUAGAGAAAAUGCAGUUGAAUAUGUUGUGUGCUUUAUACGUAUGUGACUAGUCUGAUUAAUAUAAGCCCUAUAGCCCAGUGGAGCUCUACGCAAUGCAUUGUAAUCUGUGUCUCGUAAGCAGUUUAGUGUCCUAUCUGGUACAGUUCACUGUUCUGUGGCCAGACUCAGCAUUCUGUGGUUCAAAAUUGGUAAAUGAGGUCUUGUGCUUGCCUGGGCUCGGCCUAGCAGGUCCACGUGCUGUUUAUUAGCCACGUACAUUUAACAGAAUUAAAACACUCCUACAGCAUAAGAGAGCUCUUAUCAUGGAAAAUGAAUAAGUGCGGAGUGAAAGUGAGGUCACAUAUUAACCAGCAGAAUGCAAAAAAAAAGUAAAGCGAGUAGAUGUGGAAAGUUGAUAGAUAACCAAAGCAGUGCUCAUAAAAUACCCUAAUGCCAGUAUUGUUGUUGUUUUAGUACUUUCUACAUUACCUACAUUUAUUUUAUUAUUAUUAUUUUUAUUUUUUGGAAAGGUUGUGCCUAAAGCAUCUCCCUGAAUCUUCACCACGUUCUAUUGACUGUUACACAAACAUGCUGUGCACUUUUAUUUAAAAGAAAUUACAGAAUUCAGUGAAUUGUGAAGGAAGACUUUAUGAAGGAUACAAGAUAACUCAAUUAAAGGAGCAAUAUGUACUAAAUGCCUAAAAGUCUCAUUUCUAAACACUGCAGAUUGAGUUGUUUAGCCUGCUUCUUCCUCCCCAGAUGCAAAACUAAUUUUUUGACGUCACAUCUCCUUUGUAACUGAUGAAAAUGACAGUUCUCAUUAGCAUGCUGUAGCCAGCACUGGUCUGGAUGACUUGAUUUAUAUCAAAUGCUCGCCGAUUUAAUAAUAUAGCUGCAUGUGGACAAUUAAGUAUUAGUGCAAGCAUUUGAAUUAGGGCUCUUCAUAUUUUUAUUGUUAUUGCAAUAUGAGUUUUUAUCAUAAACACAUCAUAAGACCAUCAUAAACCAUGUUCAGCCAAAAAAGGAAGCUUUUUACAUUGCAAACUGUGUUCAUGUGACACAACUGGGCUGGAGGUAGAGCGAGGCAGAGCAAGGUGGAGUGAGGUAAAGUGGAGUGAGGUAAAGUG